AUGAGGGAUAGCGAAGAAACUCCAUCCGUCGAGGGAUCGACUAUAAGCACAAAAAACAACGCCCAACAAGAAAAAGAUCUUGAAAUCGGACCCGUCGAGGUGAAUGACACAAUAAAAGCCGAAAAAGUCCAUGACCCCAACAUCGUCGAUUGGGAUGGUCCAGACGACCCCGAAAAUCCCCUUAACUGGACCUCGCGAAAAAAGGUCACAGCGACGUGUUCGAUUGCGCUCAUCACGUUCCUGACGCCUUUGGGGUCAUCUAUGUUCGCCCCCGGCGUCGGUGAACUAGUCAGAGACUUCCACGUUACCAGCAUUGAAUUGUCCUCAUUCGUGGUCUCGGUGUACUUACUCGGAUACUGUUUUGGUCCCCUGCUCAUCGCACCUCUAUCGGAACUAUACGGUCGACAGUACGUUUACCAUGUAUGCAAUGUUCUCUACGUGAUCUGGACCAUUGCCUGCGCUUUCGCACCAGAGAUGGGCAGUCUUGUUGUCUUCCGAUUCCUCGCUGGCUUUGCCGGUAGCUGUCCGCUUACGAUCGGUGCGGGUUCGAUUGCGGAUAUGUUCGUGCAAGAGAAAAGAGGUGGCGCGAUGGCAGCUUGGGCACUUGGUCCUUUGGUUGGGCCUGUCGUUGGUCCAGUUGCUGGCGCGUAUCUGGCACAGGCAAAGGGCUGGCGAUGGAGCUUCUAUGUGCUAGCGAUGGCUAGCGGUGCUGUCACUAUUAGCUCAAUAUUAACAAUUCGUGAAUCCUACGCCCCGACUCUCCUAGCUCGGAAGACUAAGAAGCUCAAGAAAGAAACUGGGAAUAUGAACUUGCGCUCUGCACUGGACACCGGCCGCACGCCAAAAGAACUAUUCCUUUUUUCAAUCUUGCGACCGACGAAGAUGCUCUUCCGCUCUCCGAUCGUGUUCCUCCUUUCACUCUAUGUCGGCGUGAUAUACGGAUACCUCUACCUCUUGUUUACAACAAUCACGGGCGUAUUUCAAGAGCAGUACGAUUUUUCUCAAGGAGCAGUCGGACUUACCUAUCUUGGUUUGGGCGUUGGCUCAUUUAUCGGUCUAUUCAUGCUAGGAGCUACAUCCGAUAGACUGCUCAAAUAUCUAUCUGCCAGGAACGGCGUGACAAAACCCGAGUAUCGUCUGCCGCCUAUGAUACCUGGAGCCAUUUUCGUCCCCAUCUCGCUGUUUAUGUAUGGAUGGACUGCUUAUUACAAAACUCACUGGAUUGUGCCUAUCAUCGGAACCUCCUUUCUUGGUGUUGGCAUGAUGAUCACCUUCAUGUGUGUGAGCACUUACUUGGUUGAUGCGUUCACGGACUACGCUGCUUCUGUGAUGGCGGCGAACACGGUAUUCCGUUCGCUGGCUGGUGCCAUGCUUCCGCUUGCUGGUCCGAAGAUGUAUGAUGUUCUGGGACUUGGUUGGGGUAACUCGCUGCUUGGGUUUAUUGCUUUGGCCUUUUGCGCAUUGCCAGUCGCCUUUUGGAUAUAUGGUGAACGCAUACGGACAAGUCCAAGAUUCCAGGUAACUUUCUGA